AUGACCACGUCGGAAACCCUCGUGCGGCCCAGCUUCGAGCUGCGAACCCUCCACCGUGCCGACUUCGUCAACGGACCCGAGACGGGAACCCCACUCGGUGCCGCAACACCAGAUGCCGCCCUCGGCGAGACCGACCUCCCCGCCGUCACCGACACACACGAUCCCGCCGAUGAGUUUGCGUCGCUGCCGCCUGCUGACGGGGGCAAACAUGCGUACCUGUUCCUCGCCGCCUGCUUCCUCGUCGAGGCCCUCAUCUGGGGCUUCCCCUUUUCCUUUGGCGUCUUCCGCAGCUACUAUGCCACGCACGCCCCUUUUGCCGGGGCCCCCAACAUUGCCGUCAUCGGCACCUGCGCCAUGGGGAUCAUGUACUUUACAGCACCUCUCGUCAUCUCCAUCCUCCGCGUCGUCCCUCGCUUCUCCCGCUGGUCCCCCGUCAUCGGCCUCCUCUUGACGUGUUUCGCCCUCGCCAUGUCCUCGUUCAGCACCACUGUGCCGCAUCUCAUCGCCACCCAGGGCGUCUUCUAUGCCAUUGGCGGUGCCCUCGCCUACAUUCCCUGCAUCGUCUACAUGGAUGAGUGGUUCGUCCGUCGCAAGGGGCUCGCCUACGGCAUCAUGUGGUCCGGUACGGGCAUCGCCGGCGUCAUCUUCCCGCUUCUCAUGGAGACGCUCCUCUCGCGCUUCGGCCAUCGCACGACCCUCCGCCUCUGGGCCGGCCUGCUGUUCCUGCUGGCCGCGCCGCUGGCCUUCUUCAUCCGCCCGCGCAUCCCGCCGACCAGCGCCCGCUCCUCGAGCGCCGCCUUCCGCAGGCCCCACGCCAACGUACGCUUCCUGCUGAGCCGGCCCUUUCUGCUGCACCAGGCUGCCAACAUUGUCGAGGCCCUCGGCUACUUCCUGCCAGCCGUCUACCUGCCGUCCUACGCGCAGACGUUUCUCGGCGCGGCACCCUUCGCCGCCGCUUCGACGCUCUUGUUUGUCAACGUGGCAAGCGUCUUUGGCUGCGUCGCCAUGGGCCACAUGGUGGAUCGGCUGCCCGUCGGCCACUGUCUCCUCGUGAGCUCCAUCGGCGCCGCCGUCGGGUGCCUGAUGCUGUGGGGGUUCGCGUCCAGUCUGCCUGUGCUCUACGUCUUCUGCGCCGUGUACGGGCUGUUUGCCGGCAGCUACACGUCGGCCUGGCCCGGCGUCAUGACGAGCAUCGUGGAGCGGGAGAGGGGCAAGGGCAGGGGCGUGGAUCCCAUCCUGGUCUUUGGUUGUCUCGCGUCGGGCCGGGGUGUCGGCAAUAUGGUGUCCGGACCGCUGAGCGAGGCGCUCAUCGAGGGGAAGCCGUGGAUGGGCGAUGCCGGGUUCGGAUACGGCAGCGGCUACGGGACGCUGAUUGUGUUUACAGGUGUGACGGCCGCGCUCGGGGGAAUGAGCUGGCUGUGGAAGCGCAUCGGAUGGAUGAAGUAG